AUGUCGAAAAUAGAAAAGAUGAGAAUAUGCGGGGUGCGAUCCUUCGAUCAUAAGGGUUGGGAGAAUAUUUCGUUCAACACCCCUCUCACACUCAUCGUCGGACUCAAUGGUUCGGGGAAAACUACAAUCAUCGAAUGCUUGAAGUAUGCUACAACUGGCGCACAACCACCGAAUAGUAAGGUUGGAGGGGCUUUUAUUCAUGACCCUAAACUCUGCGGCGAGAAAGAAGUACUGGCACAAGUCAAACUCUCAUUUCAAAGUACGACCGGAUCGAGAAUGGUCAUUACGAGAAGUAUGCAACUCACGGUUACAAAGACAGCCAGAAAGAUGAAGACCCUAGAUGCCGGAUUAAUGGUCAAUAAUGGUGGCGAGAGAACUGCCGUAUCUCACAAAGUUGGUGAAAUCGACAAGAUAAUGCAAACAGCUUUAGGCGUUUCUGAAGCUGUUUUGGACAAUGUUAUUUUCUGUCACCAAGAUGAUUCAUUAUGGCCGAUGAGCGAGCCUUCACAGCUCAAGAAGAAGUUUGAUGAUAUAUUCGAAGCAACAAAAUAUACCAAGGCUGUUGACAGUCUCAAAUCUUUGAAGAAGGAUUACGCUCAGCAAAUUAAAGGCAUGAUAGCAGACGAGUCGAUUGCUAAGGAUAACAAGGAUAAAGGAGAAAAAACCAAGAGCCGCUGUGAAGAACUUUCGGCUCAAAUAGAUCAGCUGUCUGAAGAGGCCUUGAAAGACAAAGCCAACAUGGAAGCAGUUCGAGAAGUGGUUGACGCAAAACAGGCACAGGCGGCCGAGUUUUGGGAACUAGUUCAAAAGCUCAGGACUAACAAAGAGCGGGUCAAGUUCAGUGAAGAAAAUCUAGAGUCUCUUCAAAAGAGAAUCAAGCCACUUUCCGAAUCAGAUGAAUGGCUCAAAUCAACAUUAGAUCAAUACGCGGAUCGUAUACUGGAGAUGGAACAGCAAGACGAACAAUUACAGAAACAAUAUCGUGAUCAGCAGCAGAAGGUAUCGGCGAACACUACCGAAUUGGGCAAAAAGCAAGCAGAUUUAGGUCGCCAACAAGCCUUGAGACAAGCCUAUGAAGGGGAGCUUGAAUCUCGAGUUCAAUUGGUUAAGAGUGCUGCAUCCAAGCAUUCCAUUCGAGGUUACGAUGACGACAUCAACGAGUCUCGAGUGAAUGAAUUUAUCGAGAGAAUCAAAAAGUUGUCUCGCGACAAGGAACGGGAAUUGGAGCGAGCCAAGACAGCUACUAAUGACGAAUUGAAAAAUGUCCAGACUACGUUGACGGAACUCCAGAACCAGCACGCAAUACGUGUUCAAGAAAAGGUCACGGCCAAACAAACAAUCUCUAACAAUGAAAGGAAAGUCGGUCCUAAACAAACAGAAUUGGGUUUUAUCCAAUUCGACGAAGGUGACAAAACCGGUCUUGAGGCCUCCCACAAUGAGACCAAGGAUCUGCUGGAGAAGCUCAGGACUCAGUUUGACAGUGCAGGUUGGGACAGUCGCAUCGGCACUAGUAAUGGACGCUUGCGCGAGCUCGAAGACGAGGAAAAGUCAUUGAGGAAAGAGGCUUUCGAGAUCAAUAAGCGUUCGAAUGACCGCGCGCAACUCGAUUAUGUUAUGGGGGAAUUGAAAAAAACCAAGGGGAAACUAGACACCAUGAAAGCGACCCACGGCGCAAAGCUCGAUUCAAUUCUCGGUUCAGACUGGCAAGUUGAUACUCUCGCAAAGGAUUUCCAACGUGCAUUGGACAGAGAGAAAGAUGAAGUUUCAGACGCAACAAAUGAACAAGAAGCCGCGAAGAAAUCUCACUCUGAAGCAGGUUUUCGAUUCAAUGCACUUCGUGAAGACUUCAAAGCUAAGAAGGAGCAAUUAAAGGCUUGUGAGAAUGCUGUGCUUAACUCUAUAAAGGAUGAAGACUUGAAGCCAUUAGUAAGUGUUGAAGAAUAUCCUAGGGAGCUGAAUCAGCUGGAGGAAGAGCGUGAUGAGAUCCGAGAUAAUAUCGAUGGCUUUAAACACAAGAUCGAAUAUUUUACCCAAUGCUUAACCACCAUUCAGACUAAGGAUAUGUGCAAACUCUGUGAGAGAGGUUUCGCAGAAGAAUCACAUCGUUCAGCCGCCAUGAAGAAAAUUCAGAAACUUCUCAACAAAGACGCCCGAGAAAGAUUGCAGGGAGAGCUGGAGAUGUACAAUGAACAGUUGAAGACUGCAAAAGCUGCUCAAUCGCAGUAUGACAUUUAUCAAUCUCUUAAGGACGAAAUCCCAAACGUUGAGCAAGAUAUGAAGAAGGCGGAAGAUGAGAAGCAAAGAUUACUUGAAGAAGUUGAGCAUCACGACAGUAUUGUUGAACGCAAGAACGCUAGACAGAGAGAUGUCGAAUCUCUGACACAUAUCAUCUCCUCCAUCAUUAGGUACCAUAGUGAUAUUACGGAUCACGAGGCAAAGAUUGAUAGUUUAGCCUCGCAGCAAAGCAUUGCUGGGAGCAUCAUGACUGCUGACGAUAUUCAAGAACGACAGACAGCUUGUAGCGAAAGUAUGCGCGAGGUCAGAGAACAAUUGUCGAAAAUUUCAUCCGAGAAAGAUGCAGCUAAGGACAAGAUAAACGACGUGGAGCGUGAUCUUUCUCGCAAAUCGCAAAGACUUCGGGAUGUCAUUCACGGUUUGGCAAAGAAACAAGCUUUGCGAAAGGAGAUUGAUGAGCUUCUCGAGAGCAGCACACAGCAACGUGAAACCAUGAAUCGUGCUGAUGCCGAGCUGGAAAUUUUGAAACCCAAAAUUGAUACUGCAAAGGCUAAAUAUGAAGAUAUUCAACAGCAAGGUCAUGCAAAGGAAAGAGAAGUCCGAUCUCAAAAGGAGAAGUUGGCAGACACUGUCCGUCAAUUCCUGCAACAUGAGAAAAAUAUCAAUGGAUAUAUUGACAACAGUGGCCCUGAAAAUCUUGCUGCUUGCGAGCGAGCAAUCAAAUCCAUUCAACAGGAUCAGAAGCGUAUCAGCGAAGAAAUGAAUGGUAUUACAACCGAGUUGAAUGCACUCCGAGCCAAGAAGAGUGAUUCCGAUCGACUAAAGACAAACAUCAGCGACAAUAUCCUCUAUCGUCAAGAAUUGGCUAAACUAGAGGUUUACAAGAAACAAACUAUUGAUUUGGAGUCUCAAAAUGUGGAAGGAAAUUUUCAAACUCUAACAAAGGAGGCCGAGAGAAUACAAGCGACGUUCUACGACCACCGUCGCCUCUAUCAACAGAAAACAGCCGUUCUCUCAGAAAAGGAUCAAAACUUGGCACAAUAUUUACAGGACUGGGAUCUGAAUUACAAAAAUGCUCGAUCAGAGUAUCGCACAGCUAUGAUCAAAGUUAAGACCACAAAGGCUGCUAUUGAGGAUUUAGGUAAGAUGAUUACAGCUAUGGACAAAGCAAUUGUCAAAUUUCAUAGUGUGAAGAUGGAGGAAAUUAAUCGAAUUGCUGGGGAAUUGUGGCAGACUACUUAUCAGGGUACGGAUGUCGAUACGAUCAUGAUUCGUUCUGAGAAAGAUGAGGGCGAAACCUUAGCUGGUAAUAAGAAGACAAAUUAUAAAUAUCGAGUUGUGAUGGUUAAGCAAGAUGUCGAGAUGGAUAUGCGUGGUCGUUGCAGUGCUGGUCAAAAAGUUUUGGCUUGUAUCAUCAUUCGUUUGGCGCUAGCUGAAUGUUUCGGUAUCAACUGUGGUCUCAUUGCACUCGAUGAACCUACCACUAAUCUAGACCAAGACAACAUCAAAGCACUCGCACAAUCUUUACACGACAUCAUUAAAUCCCGUCAACAACAAGCAAAUUUCCAACUUAUCAUUAUUACUCACGAUGAAGAAUUCUUGAAGGUUAUGCAGUGUUCUGAUUUUUGUGAUGAUUUCUAUCAAGUCAGUAGGGAUCAGGAACAGAAUAGUAAGAUUGAAAAGAUUCCCAUUGCGCAGGUUAUGGAGGGAAAUUGA